AUGUCCAGCUCUUCAUCAAACCAGUCCGCCCACGGACAGGCCGAAGCGUCCUCCAGCCGAUCCCAAGCGAACAGGCAGCCGGUCGUCGAGGAUGAGCUCAGCGAGGAGUACGGCCUCUUAGAUGAGGACCCGUUGGGAAACGCACUACCAGAGCAAGUAUCGUUCAAGCGCAAGCAAAAGGCCACCGCAUCCACUUUCGGUCUGUCUCGCUUCCUCUCGUCACCGCUUAGUGCAGCCAAAGACCGCGCCUCUCCCAUUCCACGGGCCCCAAAUACGCGCGCCCAUCACCUGAGGUCGAGCUCGGGCGCAAAUGACUCCACAGAGCUCAUCCUAAACUACCUCGAUACGCCCGCCGACGCCGGCGAGCAACUUCAAGACACAAAAGAUGCCAACGGGCUCGACUGGUAUGUCGAAGGUCCUGGGCGCCGUGUAGGCUACGAUGAUCUUACAGCCAUCGACUGGAUUUUCGAAUAUGCGAAGGAGCGGCAACGGCUGAGAUAUCUAUAUUCCAGCGCGUCAGGCAUACUCGGGCAUAUCAAGCAAAUUGCGGAUGCGAGUCAGAUAUGGAUUAUCUUAAUUGCGGCCGGCGUGCUCUGCGGCGGUAUUGCAGCCUUCAUUGACGUUGCAAGCGACUGGUUGGGCGAUUUGAAAACCGGAUAUUGCAGCAAUGUAAAUGGGGAUGGGAGGUUCUAUUUGAACAAAGGCUUUUGCUGUUGGGGCUAUACCGAGUAUGCGAAGUGUAACGAUUGGCAUCCUUGGAGCACGGCGAUGGGAAUCCGGUCCGUGGGCGGUGGCUGGAUCGUGGAGUAUAUUCUUUUCGUAUUGUUUUCGGUUCUGUUUGCAGCUUGCGCGAGCCUUCUUGUGCGCGAAUUCUCAACUCAUGCGAAACAUAGCGGUAUCGCAGAGAUCAAGACGGUUCUUGGUGGCUUUGUCAUACGACGUUUUCUGGGCGUUUGGACCUUGGUUAUCAAGACCUUGGGUUUGUGUCUGGCGGUUGCAUCGGGCCUUUGGCUAGGCAAGGAAGGCCCACUGGUUCACGUCGCGUGUUGUUCCGCAAAUCUCUUCAUGAAACUAUUUCCUAAUAUCAAUAAUAAUGAGGCACGAAAACGAGAAGUACUUUCCGCUGCGGCUGCGGCCGGUAUAUCGGUUGCAUUCGGCUCUCCUAUUGGCGGAGUGCUGUUCAGUCUCGAGCAGCUAUCCUACUACUUCCCUGACAAGACCAUGUGGCAGAGCUUCGUCUGCGCCAUGGUUGCAGCGGUCACCCUGCAAGCACUCAAUCCUUUCAGGACAGGCAAGCUCGUCUUGUACCAGGUCACCUAUCAUAGCGGGUGGCACGAUUUCGAGCUGGUUCCGUUCGCUUUUCUUGGAGUCCUCGGUGGCUUAUACGGAGGAAUGUUCACCAAGCUCAACAUGCGGGUCGCUGAGUGGCGGAACCACCGAACAUACUUGAAAGGUCCCGUCACCGAAGUUGUCGUCGUCGCCGUCGCGACAGCUAUGAUUAACUACCCUAUCAAAUUCAUGCGCGCCCAGGCUUCUGAGCUCGUAUACUUCCUCUUCGCCGAAUGCGUCGACCUGACAGACGAUACGCUAGGUCUCUGCAAGGCAGGCAAAGCCAACACUGGCGUUGUAGCCCUACUUCUCAUCUCAGCAGGCCUCGGUAUCAUUCUUGCAAGCUUCACAUUCGGCCUUCAGAUUCCAGCCGGCAUCAUCCUUCCCUCCAUGGCCAUCGGCGGUCUCUACGGCCGCGCCGUGGGCCUCUCAAUCGAACAAUUUCAACAGGCCUGGCCCAGCCUCUUCAUCUUUGGCUCUUGUGAGCCAGACGUCCCCUGCGUUACACCCGGCACUUAUGCUAUUAUCGGCGCCGCUUCCGCCCUUGGGGGUGUAACUCGCAUGACCGUCUCUCUCGUAGUCAUUAUGUUCGAGCUAACAGGCGCACUCACCUAUGUACUCCCUAUCAUGAUCGCGGUCAUGAUAAGCAAGUGGGUCGGCGACGCCAUCUCUCCACGCGGCAUCUACGAGUCCUGGAUUCACUUCAACGGCUACCCGUUCCUCGACAAUCGUGACGACAACAGCUCGUCCAUCCCAGAUGUACCCGCUGCCCAGGUCAUGACCCGCAUCGACGACCUCAUCACUAUCACCGCUACGGGACAUACCAUCGCCUCUCUCCGCCAGCUGCUAUCGCAGCACCGCUUCAGGGGUUUCCCAGUCAUAGACAGCUCUCAGGACGCGCUCCUUCUAGGUUACAUUUCCCGGACCGAACUCGCAUUCGCUCUUAAGUCUGCACUAUCCACACCACGCAAUCUCUCACCUGAGACAGAAGCCCAUUUCUCUCAUCAGCCGCUCGCCGACCCGACGACGUCACUUGAUUUGCGGCCUUGGAUGGACCAAACACCCAUAACGCUGAACUCUAAAGCGAGCUUCCAGCUCACAUAUGCCAUGUUCAUGAAGUUGGGACUACGAUAUGUAGUCUUCACAGAAAGAGGAACGCUAAAGGGGCUGCUAACGAAGAAGGAUGUGUGGUUUGUGCUCGAUGGAGUAGAAGACAGGGAGGCAUAUGAGGACGAUGCGGUUGGUGGAGGGAGAGGCGUUGGGCGUGUGCAACCUGAGGAUGAGGAAGACGAAGGGAGGGGGCUAUUAGCUGGGGAGGAUGCUGGAGAUACGAGAUUGGGUGGGAGGGAGGAGGUUACGUAG